GAGCGUGAUUGCAGUCCCAGGGGAAGAAGUCAGAGCUGGUACACCAAUUACAAACCACAGGUUUCCUGCUGUAGGGAGCUGAUCCAGAAUUGUCUUUCUUGAAAGGAAGCACUUCAAUCCUGCCUCCUCCUGAACUUCCAGGUCCAUCCACGAUACAGAGAUAACCACUUUCUCCCUCUGGGAUUUUCCGUGAUUUUUGUAGUGAAUUGUUCUAUUUACUACUUCGUUUCUUAUCUUGUUCAAGAGCCGAUCAUUUAAUAUUCUGUACGGAGGCGGGGGAAAGACUUUUGUUAGAUUUUAGAGAUGAUUUUGGAUCUUCUUUAAGCAUUUCCAGAAUUCUUGAGGACAGUAGCUCUCGUCCUGGAAUACGUUUCUGCCUUUGACCUGCGUGGAUUACUUUUUCGGGCUUCGGAGUUUCUCGGCACCUGUAGUGCGGGCACUUGGUCUGACUGCAGAGGAGAAGGUGGAAGCAUGGGCCGCACUGGGUUAAGCCGCUCAGACCUUGUUUAAAGCAGGAUUUAUAAAAGCAUAAGUGAAUUUGUUUCACCCCCGUGGACUCCAGUGGGCCCGACAGCGCAACAGGUUUGCAGAUUUCUUUUGAAAUUCUUUUUUUGUUUUCUCCCUCCCUCUGUCUCAGCAAAGGCAAGGAAUCUAUAGAACGGGUUUGCAUUCAGUAAGUUGGCUUUUCAGUACUUAGUCUGAAGACUUUAUAGGAUUUUUAAGCCACCUCAGAACGCAGCAUACUUUGUGGGUGAAGUGUAUUUAUAAUUAAGGGUGCACAUUUUAAAAUCUGAUGUUUAUAAAUAGAGUCCAAAGUUUCCUAGGCACAUAGAAAUAGCCCAGAUCUCUACUCAGCCUGAUUUUUUUUCAGGGUGCUCCAUUUAGAGCCUCUCUACUCCCCCUAUCUUUUCUUCUCCGCCCCCUCAAGGAAUUUGAAAACGUGUUAGGAAAAGUCCUUUGUUUUUCUUCUGAAUCCAGAAGAUUAUAGAGUGUAAAGUCUGGAUGUGUUUCCACAGCAUUCUGAGGAAAGUCAAAGUGCUGAUAUUUUCAGGCUGGAGAAUAAACUCUGGGAUCCCUAAACCAGAAAGGAACGUGGAAACAGAAAUAUGAAUUUUAACUGGGAAAAUAAUUGCAAAGCUAAACUUUUCAAGUAUCUCAAUAUGGAAGUUGGAAGAGAUUUUGAUACUCAGAUUAAUUCUGUCAUAUGUCAAAGAUGUAUGAAUUUGUGCCUAAUUUUACAGGUGCUUUUGGUGGAACAAAAAAAUAAUAUAAUAUAUUGAAGUUCUUUAAAAGUAUAUACAUUCAGUAGGCCUAGAACUCUAGGCUAUGCUGAAACACAAUUUAGCACGGACAUUUUAAUGAAUACAUGCUGUAGCAUCUUUAGACAUCCCUCCAGGUGGGGCCUGAUUAAUUUCCACUCUUCCCCUAUUAAAAAGAAAACCUUCUCAUGGACUUUAGCCAUUUACAGUGACAUUUUUUUCUGACUUAAAAAGGACAGCAUGUGUUCGUGCUCUGGGCUGAAGUCCCUCACUCACCUCUGAUGCGCCGUUUAGCUGUUUACUGACCUUGUUUUGUUCAUCGGCCUUGGGUUUAGUGCCUCAGAAAUCUGAUACAUAUGGAAGACCAACAGCAAGUGAUCUGACAUAAUACCAAUCCAUGUUUGUAUCUAAAGCACAUUUGGAAAUUCCAAAGAGACAAGGUGGCGUUUCUGUAUUCACAGUGACAAUGGGAGAAAAUGACAUACCUGCCCCAGAGGUGGGCUGAAAAGACCAUCUCCUCCUCCCAACCAGGAAUGCCACCUGUACUUGGGAAUCUACUUUAGAAAAAGGAAGGACAUAGGAUCUGACUGGGCUCUCUGAAACAGAGGAAUAGCAUCUCUCCCCUUCAUUUUCUGCACUGAGGACCUGCCUUUGGGAUGAGCUAGUGGAAGCAGUAUGCAUGGCCGGAGAACGUUGAUGCAGCUGGUAGCAUGAGUGGUGGCCACCAGCUGCAGCUGGCUGUCCUCUGGCCCUGGCUGCUGAUGGCGACGCUGCAUGCAGGCUUUGGACACACAGGACUGGUGCUGGCAGCAGCGGUGGAGUCGGAAAGAUCAGCAGAACAGAAAGCCAUCAUCAGAGUGAUCCCCCUGAAAAUGGACCCCACAGGAAAACUGAACCUCACCUUGGAAGGUGUGUUUGCUGGUGUUGCAGAAGUGAGUCCAGCAGAAGGGAAGCUAAUGCAGUCCCACCCCUUGUACCUGUGCAACGCCAGUGAUGACGACAACCUAGAGCCUGGCUUCAUCAGCAUCGUCAAGCUGGAGAGUCCUCGGCGGGCUCCUCGCCCCUGCCUGUCACUGGCCAGUAAGGCGCGAAUGGCUGGCGAGCGAGGAGCCAGCGCUGUGCUCUUUGACAUCACAGAAGACCGAUCAGCUGCCGAGCAGCUGCAGCAGCCCCUAGGGCUGACUAAGCCGGUGGUGCUGAUCUGGGGUAGUGAUGCGGAGAAGCUGAUGGAGUUUGUGUACAAGAAUCGGAAGGCCUAUGUGUGGAUUGAGCUGAAGGAGCCCCCGGCUUGGGCAAAUUACGAUGUGUGGAUCCUCCUGACUGUGGUGGGCACCGUCUUUGUGAUCAUCCUGGCUUCGGUGCUACGCAUCAGGUGUCGCCCCCACCCUAGCAGACCGGACCCUCUUCAGCAGCGGACAGCCCGGGCCAUCAGCCAGCUGGCCACCAGGAGGUACCAAGCCAGCUGUAGACGGGCUCGAGCUGAGUGGCCAGACUCAGGGAGCAGCAGCAGCUCGGCCCCUGUGUGCGCCAUCUGUCUGGAAGAGUUCACAGAGGGUCAGGAGCUCCGGGUCAUUUCCUGCCUCCACGAGUUUCAUCGAACCUGUGUGGACCCCUGGCUACACCAGCAUCGGACUUGCCCUCUCUGCAUGUUCAACAUCGUAGAGGGAGAUUCAUUUUCCCAAGCCCUGGGAGCUUCUCCAUCCUACCAGGAACCAGGCAGAAGGCUCCACCUCAUUCGCCAACAUCCUGGCCACGCCCACUAUCAUCUCCCUUCUGCCUACCUGCUGGGCCCUUCCAGGAAUUCAGUAGCCCGGACCCCAAGACCUAGACCCUUCCUGCCCUCCCAGGAGCCAAGUAUGGGCUCUCGGCAUCAGCGCCUUCCCAGGGCUUCCCAUCUCCGGGCACCAGAAGAACAGCAGCACUUGGCAGUAUCCCCUGGGCAUCCCUACGCCCAGGGCUGGGGGCCGAAUCGCCUCCGAUGUACCACUCAGCAUCCCACCGCUUGCCCAGUGGCCCUACGGCGGGCCCGGCCUCAUGACAGCAGCGGGUCUGGAGAAAGCUACUGUACGGAACGCAGUGGUUACUUGGCUGAUGGGCCAGCCAGCGACUCCAGCUCAGGGCCCUGUCAUGGCUCUUCCAGUGACUCAGUGGUCAACUGCACGGACAUCAGCCUGCAGGGCGUCCAUGGCAGCAGUUCUACCUUCCGGAGCUCCCUGAGCAGUGACUUUGACCCCUUGGUAUACUGUAGCCCUGAAGGGGCUCUCCAGGGGAAAGAGGUGCAACCUAGCAUGACCUCUCGACCCCGCUCGUUGGACUCAGUGGUACCCACGGGGGAGACCCAGGUUUCCAGCCACAUACACUAUCACCGGCACCGCCACCACCACUACAAAAGGCAGUUCCAGUGGCAUAGCAGGAAGCCUGGCCCAGAAACUGGGGCCCCACAGUCCAGGCCUGCUGCUUCUCACACUCAGCUGGAGCCAUCUCUCCCUGACCAGCAGCUCACCGCACCCAACCCAGCAGUUUCCUCAAUGCUCCCCAACCCACAACGGCCCAGGGCCCUUACAGAGCCAGCCCCUGGCCUAGCAGAAGCUGCCAGCCCUAGCCCCAGUCCCAACCCCAGCAGUCUUUUGAAUUUGCAGAAAUCCAACCUCCCCGUCAGAUACCCACAGAGAAAACGGCGGGGUGGCCCGUCGGAAGCCCUGCCAACCUCUCAGCCCCAGGACUUGACUGUGCACACAGCUUGCCCGGUUCCCCCCCACUACAGCCCCAGUCUAGCAUACCCUUGGCCCCCAGAGGUUCAUCCAUUGAUAUUCAGACCUCCAGGCCUGGAUAGGAGGCUGCUACAUGAUGUCCCAGGCCCCUGUUACUCAAGUUCACAGCCAGUGUGGUUGUAUCUGAAUCCCCGCCAGCCUCUGGGACCAUGCUUACCUGGAGAGGGUCAUUCCAAGUGGAGUUUUGACACCCCAGAGGACAGGAGAUGUCCUUACUCACACUGCCAGGUGCUGCCAGCCCAGCCUGGCUCGGAAGAGGAGCUUGAAGAGCUGUGUGAACAGGCUGUGUGACAGGAGAUGGUCAGAUGAAGCUCUAACCGCGAGUGUGCUCCAGAUGACUCAGGGUUCUACCUGGGACAGCGUCCUGCUCCUGGGAGGAGCAAGGACCUUGGCAAGCAUCUCCUUUUGCCAUACUUCUGUGACCGAUAGAAGUGUGCUGAUGGUGGGUCGUGGGAGGUGCUGUGUCCAGCCCCCAGCUCAUCUUGUCUGCACAACACACACCUACAGUGCAGAAAGUCUCAUGUCCAGCCAGACAACCAGUCAGUAUGCAUCUGUGGGGGAGACUCUUAAAGGCUGAGUUUUUGACAGGAAGCUAUGACUGAAUAGCUAGCUGUCCUAAAGGUGCUGCUCCUUCCUCAAGCCCUGCUGGGUUCCCCUGCUGGGUCUCCUUUGCCCCAGGCCUCAAGCUCACACAAGCCAGUGGGUUCAACUGAAUGCUCACCACGUCUCACCUCCUUUCAAGGCCUCACUGGGGCAACUUCAGCUUUAUCACUUCCUGUCUUCACAAAUGAACAGGAGUUUAGGUGAGCCCCACUCCCAAGAGAGGUCUCUGUACCUUCUCCAGCCGGCACCUGCCUGCUUGGUGCUCAGGGAGGAGUGCUUCUUCCUUCUUGUUCUUAAACUAAUCUUGCCCUGCAGGCUUGGGGGAGCCAAGGAAUAGAGUUCUGUCCCAGAGGAGGGUAGUGUGACAGACCUGGGAUGAAUCUGUUGCUUAUCAAACUCCUUGUCACUCCAGCAAACCCAGUUCCUCUGAGGUAGAGAACAGGAAUGAACGCUCCUCGAAGCUUUCCUAUCUCUAAGUCCAAGGCAGGCAGGAAGGAAUGUCUACUAAACUUCAUUUGGGGAGAGGGGUUGAAAGGAAGGCAGAGAGAGCACAGCUACAGCCCAGAAAGGACGGGAUUCUUCUCUGAGAGGUUCUUGGAGCAGAGAUGGAGAAAGAUAACAUGCGACCUCGUGGGUCACCGUCCCAGUAUAAGCCAUACAAACCAGCAACCCACCUGAAGGUGUGCAAGUGGAAUUGGGGCAAAGAGUUGGCCUGGGCAGCUUGUGCCAAGUGGGCAAGGGCUGGCGGGCCUCCUGUGGCUCUUAACCCCAGGGCAUCCUGACCAUGUCAGCCCCUCAGGCAGCAUCCCUGCCUGAAAUGUGAAUGUGGGGGCAACGUGGGCAGAGGAUCCUACUGGGGAACCUUGUCUCCUCAGAGUCAAUGGGGAGACAAGCAUCCAGGCACCCACAUGGGUAUUUAUAUCUGAACCAGACAGAAAGACGCUUGAAUCAGGCACUAUGUUGAGAAAUGUAUUUAUUUGCUAAUAUAUUUAUCCAUAAAUAUGAUCUGGCUUUGUG